ACCCGUGUCGCUGCAGUGUUGCGCUUUCCUGUUUACGGGCGGGAAGAGCGAACGUAGCUGACAGUGGAAGCUACUGUGUUUAAAUCGGCAGCACAUUGGUUUUAAUUCUCCUUGAUGCUGAUGGCUCGCACGUUUUAAUGAUACACGGGGCACUGCGAGGACCAGUGGAUACGUUUUAAGUGGACCGUUGCUGAAAACUAAAGGGAUUUCUGGAGAGUGCGGGGCAGAUGGAGGAUCCUCCUGCAGAUUCUGGCGGCGGUGGCGGCGGUGCAGCAGCGGAGGGCCCCGCGGUGCAGGUGGCAGAUAUGCGCUGGCCGACCGGGGCUCUUCCUCUACGGCUCCUAGAGUGGAAAGUUAAACCCGGGACUCUUGUUAACGUGGACUCCGUGCUAGCACUGUGUGCACCCAUACCUCAGGAGAAAGGGGCAGAAGCUGCCAGGCUGCCAGAGAGGAAGGUGAAAUCGGACCGUGCUGGAGUAGUCAAAGAGCUAUGCUGUCAACUUGGACAAGUCAUACCUCCCGGGGGUGUGAUCGUCAGAAUAGAAGAAUGCAGCCAUCCAGUAGUAAUGAAGGGUUUAUGUGCUGAGUGUGGCCAAGACUUGACUCAGCUGCAGGGCACAAACGGGAACCAGCAAACUCCCAUCUCCACAGCAACAGUCUCCAUGGUGCACAGUGUCCCCGAACUGAUGGUCAGCUCAGAGCAAGCAGAACAGCUGGGCAGAGAAGACCAGCAGAGACUACACCGGAACAAAAAGCUGGUCCUGAUGGUGGAUCUGGACCAGACACUGAUCCACACCACUGAACAGCACUGCCAGCGUAUGUCCAAUAAGGGCAUUUUCCAUUUCCAGCUCGGGCGAGGAGAGCCUAUGCUCCACACACGACUACGCCCACACUGCAAGGAAUUCCUGGAGAAAAUUGCCAAACUCUAUGAGUUACAUGUCUUCACAUUCGGGAGCCGCCUUUAUGCACACACAAUUGCUGGCUUUCUGGAUCCUGAAAAGAAGCUUUUCUCUCAUCGGAUCCUUUCAAGAGAUGAAUGCAUCGAUCCUUACUCCAAGACGGGGAAUCUAAGGAACCUCUUCCCCUGUGGUGACUCGAUGGUCUGCAUCAUCGAUGACCGGGAGGAUGUGUGGAAGUUUGCGCCCAACCUCAUCACUGUGAAGAAAUACAUCUACUUCCAGGGCACAGGGGACAUCAACGCUCCCCCUGGAUCACGGGAAGCUCAGAUGGCAAAGAAAGCAGGAGGCCCGUCAAGUCGAUCAGCAGAGAGCACUGAACCAGUAGGGACGCUUGGUGCCGAUGAGCAAAACAAUGGCCCAAGGAAAAGGGCGAAAGACCUCAACAUUUCUGGAAAGGAAGAGUCCACAGCAUCUCAGUCUUCUCAGGGAGUACCGACAAAUGAACGGACACAUCCCACAGGGGUUGUGGAGGAUGAAUCAGGACAUAGUAAAGGGUCAGAAACUGAGGCGCAGUCUGGGACGGGGUCGAGGGAAACUCAGGUGGAUGACAGAACAAACGUUAAGGAAGAUGACAGCAACAGGACAGUGGUGACACGAGAGACACAGGACAGUGCAAACUCAUCAGCACCGAGCCAUGAGUCCAAUAACUUGGAUUUUGACCUUUCAAGUGACAGUGAUAAUGACUCCAUUACAGAAAAGCCUCCCUCAUCAGAGAGUGAUAGUGAAGGCAAGUCUUGCCUGGCAAAGAAAUCUGGGCAGGACGGAGUAACGCAAGAGCCUGGUGAUGGUAAUGGGUCGAGAGAAGGGGACAGCAAAGGUCGGAGUGAAGGAGAAACCAGCACUGACGCAGCAGAACCCUCAGGAGUUCUUCUCCCAGACCCCGAGCUGGGAAAUGGAUGCUCAGAUAGGAGAGAGCCAGAAACAGAGUCCCAGAAUAGUGAACAGUCUGGGGUCACCAUGGGGGAGGAGCUGCUGGACCAGAGUAUGGAGGAUGAGGAGGAGGAGGAAGAAGAAGCUGAUAACGACCAGGACGAUCACCUGAUCUACCUGGAGGAAGUGCUGGAAAGGAUCCACGCAGAGUUCUACGCACGUUACGAGGCCUACCUGAGAAAAGAGGCCUCCGAAACACCGGACAUCCGUAAGAUUGUCCCAGAGCUGAAAAGCAAGACACUGGAGGGCACGACGAUAGUGUUCAGCGGCCUGUACCCGACCAACUACCCCAUGGAGAGGACCCGUGAGUACUACCAUGCCAAAGCACUAGGGGCCAAGAUUGGCAGGAGUCUGUUUCUCAGUUCCCAAGAUCCAAGUCGGACAACGCAUCUCAUCGCAGCGAGAGCUGGCACAGAGAAGGUACGUCAGGCACAAGGCUGCAAGCACCUCCACAUUGUCAACCCCGACUGGCUGUGGAGCUGUCUGGAGCGCUGGGAGAGAGUGGAGGAGCAGCUGUACCCACUAAAGGAGGACUAUUCCAAGACCCCAAGGAGCAACAGUCCUGCAGCGUUCCUUGACAAUCUGGGCUCUCUGCAGAAGCCAAUGUUCCACCCAGCUGCCAUCCACCACAGACCUGCGCCUCCAGCCCCUGAGGUUCGGACCUACGACCCAGUCACAGGGAAGCUGAUCCGCAGGGGCCCUCAGGUGUCACGGCCGCCCCCCUACCUCCAGGCUUCAGGGUCGUUGUUGCUCUCUGAUCAAAGAGAGCAGUCUUGUCUCAGGGGAACUUCAAAGUGUCAGCAAGAUGACGCGGCAGGGUCCAGCCAAGACGACGAGCAGCCGGGGCCGUCUCGUCGGAAACGACAGCCGAGCAUGUCAGAAAGUAUGCCUCUGUACACACUGUGCAAGGAGGAUCUAGACAGCAUGGACAAAGAGGUGGACGACAUCUUAGGUGAGGAGAGCGAUAACGAAAGUGAGGGCCGAGGGAAAGAGAAGCCAGGUAAUGAGGAGGUGGAGGAUGAAGAGGAGGAGAGGCGGCAGCGGCAGCAACAGCAGCAGCAGCCAGGAGCUGGACGGAUAGCGGGAGGAGAGCCCGGUCCUCAGGCGCUGGCCGUGGAGAAGAGGAUCCAGACGCCAUCCAGUGAGACCAGUCUGCCCAGUAGUGUGCCAAGGGGCCACAAACGCAAGCUUGAUGAAGCCAAGGAGGAGGAGGACGACGAGAAGAAAGAGGAGGCUGAAGAAUCUGCUGACGAGUCUUCUAAAGACUCCAACGAGGAAGAAGGCGGCAGCAGCUCAGAGGCGGACGAGAUGGCCGCAGCCCUCGAGGCAGAGCUCAAUGACUUUAUGUGACGUGGAAAAUGAAGGGACUUAGUCACAGGAAAAGGACAAAACAAAAAACAUCUGCCCUGGUCGCCCCUACAAGCGGUACCUAAAAAUCCUAUUUUUCUGCUUCGGAAUCAGUGUGUACUUAGGAUGUAUGAGCCAUGAGUGUGUUCUGUAAUAAAAAUGAAUGUCCUGUACAGAAAUGACUUGCUGUGUAAAUAAAGGCUUAGAUUUUUUUGUAGCAUUGAUAUAUGGCCUUUUUGGCAUAAAACUCUUUGAUGUUAACAUUUUAUUGUAAGAUAUCAAACCAUAGGAGACAUGAAAUUUGAUACUUUUUUUUUGUUUUACUUUUUUCUAUUUCAAUUUUUAUAUUGAUGAGGAAAAGAUAAAUGAAAUUAUAAACCGUACAUUUUGCUGGUCGUACAUGCCAAAGAGUUUGGAAUAGGUUUCCCAAGGCCUGCAGCUAAAUAUUUUACUCUGGACUUCCAGUUUUACUUUUCUUUUGGCCUCAACUGUUUUUUAGGGUCAUAAAUGCAACCAGCGGAUCUAGACGUUUGAAUGUGUUUACUUGAGUCAUUUCUUCCUCCUCAUGAUGUUUGUACUUUUGAUAACAUAUUAGUAAAGUAAGCUUCUGAGUCUUUGUGACAACCAGCCUCUUGGUGCACUAUCACCGUGAACUGAAUCCCACUGAACUCCCAGUUUGUCGGUUUCCGUUCAAGUGUUCGCUCACCUUUCCCAUUUCAACCCACCUCUACUAUUGAUAUUGUUCAGUUCAGGACAGACACUCUCACUCGGCCUCUGCUUGUUUACACUGGAGUUUAUACCUUGUGAAGUCCUGUUGCCUCAAAGGGUAGGUUCACUCAGAGUACCAAAAAAAAAUCCUUUUGUUAUGUAACUAUGCAGAUAGAUGCUUUUGAGGUAUAAAUCUCUACCUCUACCCUAGUACAAGGCCCCAGGGCUAGACUAAGCAAACGUUUGGGGGAUUUAUUUUUUAAUAAUUUUUCAAUAAUUGUUUUUUCCCAGUCUUGAUUCUUCCUGAGAAAUACAUUUAAAUAAUACUGGUUGUGGUUUCCCAAUUACUUUGUGCUGACAAACAUAAUCGCUACCCGGAUAAUGUUCAUGUGUUUUUGAGUAAAUCAAGCACUACAUUUAUCUUUUACACAUCCCGAGUCCAAUCCAUGGUUAGGGUUUAGGCAACAAUAACAUUUUCUACAGGAAUGAUUGGUCCAAUUUGCAGUGAUUGGACAAAAUGGCAAUGUUGAAUCUGCAUUAUUUGUUGUGAUCGCAAUACAACUUCUUGGAGGGAGCGAUUAAACCAAGACAUGAAAUACAAAUCAUCAUGGCCAAUUUUGAGUAACAUCGUGAGUGAACAGUUUCUAAUUUUAUGAUAAAGAAUUUUACUCCUCUGGAAAGUCGCAACAGUGACUUUUUUAUUUUGUCUUAACUCUGGCGUGUAAACAGAAAUGCAGCAUUCAUAUAUCUAUAGUUGCCGGAUGAUAUUGUAUUAAUGCAAACGCCAGAUUCAGCAUUUUUGUCAGGGCCUUCUGUGUAGGGAUUUCCAGGCAAAUAUUUUUUUCUAUGGCGUGGUCUCCAGUGGUCUCCGUAUGAAUCUGUUAGUGGUGCUCACAGCAUUAAAAAGCUCUAUUUAAAAGAGUCAAUAGUGAAAACCUUUGACAGUGAGUUACAAGGGUUGUGCAGAGUAACAAGGACAUUGGUUCUGGAGACUUUGGAUUGCUUUUAAAAAUCUAUUUAAUGAUGGGAACACCAGAAGGAAGCUUCCCUUCUGUUGUAUUGGGACAGAAAUAUCUCCAUGUUAGAUACCAGAGGUAAAAUAUGUUUUGGUCAUUUGAGUGAACAAACCCUUUAAACCUGCAUGAGGCAAGAUGCUUAUACGCUAUAAAAAUGCCAGCCCAAAUUGACUUUCUUCCCCAAAUGAAAUAUCUUUACUUUCUUUAGAGGAUUCACAAGCAUCUCAUCGCUUUAAUGUUCAUUGGUUGAAACCAGCCUGGGUGACAUAUAUGACCUUGCUGCGUGCACUUUACUAACAUCACACAUUACAGGAUUUUUGUGCAUUCAACAUCUAACACUUCCAUCUCACUGUCUUUUGGAACCACCAUCAAGCAAAGUUGCCUAGUGCUUGUACCAAGGUUGCUUACAUUCAGCGCUAAUGUUUUCCGUCUGUCACCCAUAGCAUCACUCAAAAGAGUUCUGCAGGUGCAAGAUCUUCCUUCUCCUGCAUUUAGGCUAUAGAAAUAAAUGACUGUCCUAAGGCAGGACAGCAGGUGCCUGUUUGAAUCUUUGCCCAAUAAAUGAUUUACCUUCACCAUCUACAGUAAACACAAUAUCAACAUGUUACAGUGACAGUCAUGCUGUUUGGGUUUGUUUGUCUGUGGUGGUUUUAUCAUGAGUUUCAAUCAAACUGACAUGUAAAGUAUUUGUAAAGUCUAUUUCCUACUUGACCCUGAGAGAAAAGAUACUUUAAUGAAAUAAAAAAAUU